AUGCAUUCAUUUACUUGUGGACUUGAAGAAAUGAAACGAGCAGUUUCUUUAGGGUUAUAUCUUGGAGUAAAUGGUUGUUCUUUAAAAACGCAAGAAAAUCUUGAUGUUGUAAAACAAGUUCCUGAAGAUCGAUUAAUGAUAGAAACAGACGCUCCGUGGUGUGAUAUACGUUCUACUCAUGCAUCAUAUUCACAUUUAAUUAAAAAUCUUGAAAAAUCGUCGAUACCAACUUCUUACAAAAAAGAAAGAUUUCAAGAGGGAUAUAUGGUUAAAGGAAGAAACGAACCAUGUUCUAUAGUACAAGUAUUGCAUGUAUUGGCUUCAAUCCGUAAUGCCGAUCCUGAACUAUUAGCUGAAAAAAUAUACGAAAACACCACAAGGGUAUUUUUUAGCAAUAAGUGA